AUGGUGAAGCUGAUCGAGAGCAAGGAAGCUUUUCAGGAGGCCCUGGCCGCUGCGGGAGACAAGCUUGUGGUAGUGGACUUCUCUGCCACGUGGUGUGGACCUUGCAAAAUGAUCAAGCCCUUCUUUCAUUCCCUCUGUGACAAGUAUUCCAAUGUGGUGUUCCUUGAAGUAGACGUGGAUGACUGCCAGGAUGUUGCUGCAGACUGUGAAGUCAAAUGCAUGCCGACCUUCCAGUUCUAUAAAAAGGGUCAAAAGGUUGGGGAGUUCUCUGGUGCUAACAAGGAAAAGCUCGAAGCCACUAUUACGGAGUUUGCCUAAUCAUGCUCUGAA